AUGGCCUCCCAGUGCAGUCUUAACACUGAGGCUCAGAGCGUCGAGGGUCAACAGCGGGAUGCUGUUUCGAAGAGAGGCGGUGUUUUCACAUCCGUUUUCUGUCGAGUUUCACAGUUUUGGCCAGUCAGCUUUGUGGUACGUGGUUUUCGUGGCUUGUGGUGGCUGUUUGGGUUCUCCUCUCCCAGAAAGGCCCUCCUCCCUCAUCCAGAGGCGGGAAGUUCUCCGGCUGCACGGCAGUGCAGGACAGGCCGAAAGCGCCUGUGGUGGGCCUCACGCCUACUGCUAGCAGUCUUGCCCCGCAGGGUCCAGGGACUGCUUGGUUUCCCUGUCUGCACCAGCAUUGGCUGCUCUGUGUCCCCAGAGGUGCGCUGCUCUCCCACUAAGCCCUGUGGGAAAGGCAGUAAGCGGAAACAGGAUGACAUGGAUGAAGAUGAUGAGCCAGAGCAGCAGUCCUGGGUGGAGGCUCUAACCCAGGAGCUGACUGAUGAGGACCAUGCCGAUGAUCCAGACUAUGAACCCAGUGCAGUUGAGACGGACAGUGAGGAGUACAGGUCCCACAAUGACACGGAGAGUGAUAUUGAAGUGGAGAAGGGUGUUGUUGUGAUCAAAGAUUUGGAGAAGGGAGUUCCCCCUGAGGCAUAGUGAUGGCAGAAUGGCAUGCUGGGUGUUGCCAAGAGCGUCCUGUCUUGCCAGUAGCGUUUUCCUUUUUUG